AUGUGGUCAGAAGAAGCGCACUUGGCGUUAUCCAUAUUUCUGCAUGUUACGGGCGUAUUGUGUGGAGUCUUCAUAUGGUAUCUAUUCCCGAAGAAUGUAAAUUUUUACUUCUUGAUGUUAUAUUUUCCAAUUUUUUAA